CAACUCAAACCGGCUUCACUGUGGAGAAGGCUUCGGUAAAUUUUUGGGACCCUAAAACUAUGGAUGCUUUUCGAGCGGUGGCGUUUUAUACGCUGUUCCUCUUCCUUUGGAAUUUACCCUGUUCCCAGUCAGCUGCUAUUAUUUCUUCCUCUGGUCCGAAGAGGAGCAAGGGAACCAGGAACCCACAUGAUGGACAAAGGUCAUCCAAAUUUCUUAAAGAAAUCCUCGCAUCUUCUCCGAGCUUAAGCCGUCGGGAGGACUUCAGAAACGCUGUUGUACCGCACGACUACAUGAUCUCCAUAUACAGGACGUACUCUGCAGCUGAAAAGCUAGGACUUAAUGCAAGUUUUUUCCGCUCGUCAAAGUCCGCAAACACCAUAACGAGUUUUGUGGACAGAGGAAAAGACGAUCUCUUGCACUCUCCUUUACGAAGACAAACGUAUCUGUUUGAUGUCUCAACCCUUUCAGACAAAGAAGAGCUGGUUGGAGCUGAAUUGAGGAUAUUUAGAAAAGCGCCCGGGGAUUUCCUAAUGUCCCCGCCAGGUCUUUACAACAUUCAUUUACUCUCUUGUCGAUCAGAGAAGUUACUGGACUCCAGAUCCCUUGAUGUUCAGGAUUCCCAAAAGCCAGGAUGGGAAGUUUUAGAUGUUUGGGGAAUGUUUAAAAACCGACAUCACACAACACAGGGAAACCAGUUAUGCCUUCAGCUCAAAGGCACAUUUGGGCAAUCAGACUCGGAAACAGACUUAAGGCAUCUGGGCUUUGGCAGAAACGGACGACCCCAGCAAGAAAAAGCUAUCCUGGUGGUUUACACGAGGUCUAAGAAGAGGGAAAACUUGUUCAAUGAGAUGAAAGAGAAGAUCAAGUCGAGGGGUUCGCGGCGGUCGGAGGAGGAGGAGGGUAGCCUUCAGUUUAAAGCUAGGCGCCGACGGAGAACGGCACAGAACAACCGCCAUGGGAAGAGACAUGGGAAAAAGUCGAAAUCGAGGUGCAGCAAAAAAGCUUUGCACGUGAAUUUCAAAGAGCUAGGGUGGGAUGACUGGAUCAUCGCCCCCCUGGAUUACGAAGCGUACCAUUGUGAGGGCGUGUGCGAUUUUCCCUUGAGGUCGCACCUAGAGCCAACAAACCACGCCAUCAUUCAGACUCUCAUGAACUCUAUGGACCCUAAUAGCACACCGCCAAGCUGUUGUGUACCUACAAAAUUGAGCCCAAUCAGUAUACUUUACAUAGACUCUGGCAAUAACGUCGUAUACAAACAAUAUGAGGAUAUGGUAGUGGAGCAGUGUGGCUGCAGGUAG